UCGUUCCAACUGAUAAUAACUCCUGGUGUUUCCACUCGGACUCAACUCAGUUUUCUCACUAAGCAAAUCUUAUAAUCCCUAAACCCCACAACACAUUUCCCUCCAUUUUCAUCAGUUUGAGCCGAGAAGAAGGAUGUUCUCGCCUGGAACAAAGAGGUCCAAUGCUAGUUCUCGAAGGGACCCUAAUCUAGGGCACGCAGGGGGGGUUUCUUCUCCGGUUACUCCUCUUACCGAGAAUCGCCGUUCAAGUACCGACAAUGUCAUCCCAAAUCGCCCUAGUACUGGCACUCCGGCCCCUUGGGCUCCUCGACUCUCUGUUCUGGCCAGAAUUCCGACGCCAAAUAAGUACGAGAAAGGAGAUGAUGUAGACCCGAUUAAGCCUGUUUAUGUUGGAGAAUUUCCCCAAGUAGUUCGUGAUGAGCAGACCAAGUUGCUGCAGAGGCAUGGUCGGGGUGAUGGAUUUGUAUGUGGUGGAAUGGAGAAGGGAACAUCUAUUGCGUGGAUUAUUUGUGGAAGCAGAGUCUUUGUUUGGAGUUACCUAUCUCCUGCUGCCUCAAAGAAAUGUGUUGUUCUUGAAAUCCCUUCGAAUGUUUUAGAGAAUGGAGACUUUGGCAGAAGUGAUAGCAAUUGUUGGUUUCUUUGUGCUGUCAGUUGGGAAAGGACAUCUAGUAGAACAAAGAAAAAUGUAGAGCAUAAUAACUUUGAUGCUAUUAUACUGUGUAACCAGAAAACUCGCACUCUUAUAUACUGGCCUGAUAUAUAUUCUGAUGGGGAAACUGCUCCAGUUACCAGUACUGCAUCUCCGAAUGAAUUGGAGGUGACAUCUUCACCUAUUAAUGCGAAAAACACGCCGAACAAGCAAAAGUGUAGUUUUACCGGGUUGUGUUCUUUCAACUCUUUGAUUGCUUCUGCAGUCCCCAAUUCGUCACAUGUUUGCAUUGCACUUGCUUCUAGUUCAAAUGGUGAAGUAUGGCAGUUUCUUUGUAGCCCAUCUGGUAUUAAACGCCAAAAAGUAGAUUGGGAUACUUCUUCGAGUUUAACCUCCCAAAGUAGUGAUGGUGGUCAGAUUUUAGGAAGCAGAGGAUAUCCAAGGUCACUGGUCUGGCGUUUUUCACAUCCUUCAAUCCUAGAAUCCAGCAGGCAGUUUUUUCUUUUGACUGAUUAUGAAAUACAAUGUUUCAACAUUGAGCUUUGUCCAGAUGUAAAUGUGUCAAAGGUCUGGUCGCAUGAAAUUAUUGGUACAGAUGGUGAUUUGGGUAUUAAAAAGGAUCUAGCUGGACAGAAGCGUAUAUGGCCUCUUGAUGUGCAGGUAGACAGUCAUGGUAAGGUUAUUACCAUUCUUGUUGCUACAUUUUGUAAAGACCGAGUUAGCAGUUCAAGCUACACACAAUAUUCUCUUCUAACCAUGCAAUAUAAGUCUGGGGUGAGUACAGAGGUAGCUCAUGAAAGGGUUUUAGAGAAAAAAGCUCCAAUACAAGUGAUUAUUCCAAAAGCAAGAGUUGAAGAUGAAGAUUUUUUGUUCUCAAUGAGACUUCGAGUAGGAGGCAUGCCUUCAGGCUCAACGAUAAUACUUUCUAAUGAUGGAACAGCAACAGUGUCCCACUAUUAUAGAAAUUCUACCCGGCUUUAUCAAUUUGACCUACCUUAUGAUGCUGGUAAAGUACUAGAUGCUUCAAUUCUUCCUAAUACUGAUGAUGGUGAAGAAGGGGCAUGGGUUGUAUUAACAGAGAAAGCAGGAAUAUGGGCAAUACCUGAAAAGGCUGUUAUUAUUGGUGGAGUUGAACCGCCUGAAAGAAGCUUAUCUCGUAAAGGUAGCUCAAAUGAAGGAUCAGCACAAGAGGAGAGAAAAAAUAUCACAUUUGGAGGUAAUGUAGCUCCUAGAAGGGCUAGUUCUGAAGCACUGGAUGCUGGAGACAGACAGAGGGCGGUUGUGGGUGUGAUAGCACACCGAAAUGCCCAAGAUGAAGAGUCGGAAACUUUGCUGAGUCAACUUUUUCAUGAUUUUCAAGUAUCUGGACAGGUUGAAGGCUCGCUUGAAAAGCUACAAAAAACUAGAGCAUUUGAAAGGGGAGAAGAAACAAAUAUUUUUGCCAGGAUGAGCAAAUCAAUUGUUGACACUUUAGCUAAACACUGGACAACAACCAGAGGAGCUGAGAUUUUGGCCAUGGCUGUUGUUUUUUCCCAACUCUUGGAUAAGCAGCAGAAGCUUCAAAAGUUUCUCCAGUUUCUUGCUCUGUCUAAAUGCCACGAGGAGCUAUGUUCUAGACAGAGACAUUCCUUGCAAACUAUCUUGGAACAUGGUGAAAAGCUUUCUGGAAUGAUUCAACUGAGGGAGUUGCAGAAUGUUAUUAGCCAGAGCCGUUCUACAAUUGUUGAUUCUUCCCACUCCAGUCAAGAAAUUCAAACAUCAGGUGCUCUUUGGGAUCUUAUUCAAUUCGUUGGGGAAAGAGCUCGACGAAGUACUGUUCUUCUGAUGGACAGAGAUAAUGCUGAAGUAUUCUAUAGUAAGGUUUCAGAUCUUGAAGAAGUAUUUUAUUGUUUGGACAGACAACUAGAAUAUAUAAUAAGUGCAGAACAGCCCUUUGGAAUUCAGAUUCAGAGGGCUUGUGAGUUAUCCAACGCAUGUGUUACUAUAAUUCGGGCUGCCAUGCACUACAAAAAUGAGCAUCAUUUAUGGUAUCCACCACCUGAGGGACUAACACCGUGGUAUUGUAAACACGUGGUACGAAAUGGGAUGUGGAGCAUUGUUUCCUUUAUGCUCGAACUGUUUAAGGAGGCAUCUAUACUUGAUAUAUCUGCAAAAUCAGAUUUAUAUACUCAUCUAGAAGCACUGGCAGAAGUUUUACUUGAGACAUAUGCUGGUGCUGUAAAUACUAAAGUUGAGCUUGGAGAGGAUCACAAAGGUCUACUAGAGGAGUAUUGGAAUAGAAGGGAUGUGCUGCUUGAUUCACUGUAUCAACAGGUCAAAGAAUUUGUGGAAGCCAGGCACCAGGAUUUAAGUGAUGGAAGUGAGGAAGAAAUACUGAGGAAGUUUUCUUCACAGAUACUAUCAAUUGCAAAACGGCAUGAAUGCUACAAUACUUUGUGGAAAGUUUGCUGUGAUCUCAAUGAUUCAGACUUGCUUAGAAAUCUAAUGCGGGAGAGCAUGGGACCCAAUGGAGGUUUCAGUUAUUUUGUAUUCAAACAACUGUACAUGAGUCGGCAAUUUUCUAAGCUUCUAAGGCUUGGAGAAGAGUUUCCAGAAGAGCUAUCUAUAUUUCUGAAGCGUCAUCAGGAUCUUCUUUGGCUUCAUGAACUGUUUCUUCAUCAAUUUUCUUUGGCUUCAGAAACACUUCACCUUUUAGCCCUUACUCAAUGCGAAAGCACAAUGUCAGAAGCUGAAGAGGAGACAGACCCCAGCUAUGCAAAUGUGGUACAAAAUUUACAGGACAGGAAGCGUCUUUUGAAUCUCUCAAAGAUAGCUGCAAUAGCAGGUAAGGAUACUGAAUCAAAUGUGAGGCGUAUUGAAGCUGAUUUGAAGAUAUUAAGAUUGCAGGAAGAAAUAAUAGAGUUCCUUCCUGGUGAUGGUACAAAACAAGCUGUUGGAGAAAGGCUCCUCAAUCCUGAAGAACUCAUUAAACUGUGUCUUGAAAUGAGAAGCCCGGAGCUAUCAUUGUGUGCUUUUGAUGUGUUUGCAUGGACAAGCUCUUCUUUCCGGAAGGCCAACAAAACUCUUUUGGAGGAGUGCUGGAGGAAUGCUGCUGAUCAGGAUGAUUGGAGUGAACUCUAUCAGGCUUCAAUCGUUGAGGGGUGGACUGAUGAGGCGACCAUGCAGAACUUGAAACACACCGUGCUUUUCAAGGCUUCAAGCAGGUGUUACGGACCCAUAGCUGAAACUUUUGGGGAAGGGUUUGAUCAAGUCUUGCCGCUGAGGCAGGAAACCUUUGAAUCUUCAGCCAAGAAAGAUUUAAGUUCUUCAGUAGAAGCAAUUCUGAUGCAGCACAAGGACUACCCUGAGGCCGGCAAGCUGAUGCUGACUGUGAUCAUGAUGGGGAGUGUACAAGCUUAUACCGAAGAAGGUGGUGAUGGUCCUUCUCCAAUGGAGUGACUUUACAAUAUUACAUCAACUCAAUUAGUGAUCAUAAUGGUAACAUUUUGAACUUUUCGUGUGAAUUACUUUUUUGCUUCUAACACUAGCUCUUAUAGUCGAAGAUGUUCACUCAUCCUCAGUACAUAUGAUUUCUUCCCUAGUGAAAACAGAUUGAAAGAAGGCAUGUUGUGAUGCCCCUUUUAAGUCCAUUGGCUAUACAAUUUUUCUUGUAAAAGUGUACCAAUGUUGUGAGUUAUGACUAAAUUUUCGGUUAACCUUGUUCUUA